AUGGUCCUCACCCACACGACGAACCACACCUACUCCCACCCCUUCCCGACCGUGACGCUCGCCUACUUCCUCCGCUACUCCUCCCCCAAGCUCAACCCCUUCUCCACCCAUGUCCUCAGCACCGACACCAUCGACAGCCACCUCGACCCGGCCACGGGCAGGCUGCACACCACCCGCAUCCACCUGAAGAAGUCGCGCAUGCCCGCCCCCAUCUUCAAGCUCCUCCCGGCCUCCAUCACCGGUGGCGGCUCCGCCAGCGAGAAGGCGAGCUACGUCCUCGAGACCUCCGUCAUCGACAUGCGCGAGGGCUGGAUGACCACCGAGAGCCGCAACCUCAACUUUAUGAAUGUCCUCUCCGUCGUCGAGAAACAGGACUUCCGCCUCCCCGCCGAGGCCCCCGCCGAUGCGGCCACCGACGUUACCACCACCCUCGUCUACAAGUCGCGCCUCGGCGACCGCCUCCGCGGCGGGAAGAAGGACCUGGCCCCUUCGGCCGUUGACCAGCCCGAGCAGAAGGACGGCCGCUGGAUGCCCGGAUGGAUGAGUGGCAUCGGCGCUUGCGGCGUCCAGCGCAGCAUCGAAAGCAUCGCCUCGAGUAAGACCCAGGACCAGAUGGGCAAGAGCCGCGAGGGCAUGCGCGUCGUCUUGGAGAGGCUCCGCAAAAACGGUGUCGUUGGCGUAUUGGAAAUGAUGAGACGGGAGCGCCAAUUGGCUUGA